AUGUUUUCUCUUGCAGUUGCACUACCUCAACAUGGACCGUAUCUAAGUCCAAGUUACCAAAGAUCUUCAAGGGUCAAAAGCGAGACUCAAUCUUAUCCGCAUAAUUCUGUUACACAAAGACUUCCAAAGGCUAAUCCUUGGGGUCGUUAUGGGGUUUCUCCUUGGACAUCACAUGGAACUUACAUGGAUAAAAACUAUCUCAAAAGUAUCUCAAAGAAGGGUGAUUUCCAUACCCAUAAAUCUCUAGCCAAUACUAAAAACGCCGCAUCUCGGUUGUAUUGGAAACCACAACUAAGACACAGCAUGUUUUCUUUGUCAAAUGAAAGAACAAAGAAAACGAGUAUUCCUCAUACGGGAAGAUCGUUCAGACUUAGACCCACCAUUAAAAAGGCAACGCUUUCUCCAGAAUCACGUUGGACAAGAAACCAAGUAGACAGUAAAAAGAAGAAAAAACAGUUCAUAGUAGCAAACUGGGGUGGCUUAGGACUUGGAAAUGGUUAUGCACUUGGGUUAACAGGGACGCCAACGGCCACGUAUAGCGCGGGACUCGGAACGGGUUACGGGACGGGUCUGACUACUGGUCUUGCCUCUAAUUACGGCGCUGGGAUUGGAACUAUGCUUACAACCGGGACAAAUGCCUUGGGUUCAGAGGGAGUCUUAGAUACCCGGCAGAAUUUUGGCACAAACUACGGUACGAGCAACAGCCAAAGUUCUCUGGGAUUAAGCGACCUUUCCGCAGCAGGACUUAGCUCCUUGACAUCCCAAACGGGAGUAAAUUAUUUAUCGAAUUUAGCUGGAGGAGGAGAAACAUCCGAUUUAAAUUCUUUAAACUCCAUAAACCAAUACCAAAACAGUGAUUUGGAUAUCUUGGACAAUAAUAGGAAUUCAAAUACUGGAUUAGCCGGGCUUAACUCUUUCGAUGGAACUGCACAGAGUCAACAAUAUGCUGGGAACAAUAAUCUGCAAAACUCUUUGGAAGGGAAACUUACUGUGGGUGGUGGAGGAAGACAGGGAAUUGGAGGAUGUAAGUUCACAUAAUUUUUUCAUUAACUCCUUAGUCGUUUUGUGCAGUAAUUUAUGAAUCGGAACAGUAGAACAGAUAAAUUGCAAGAAAGGUAAAUCCGAGGCCAAAGUAGGCCCUACCUUUUGCACCAAUACAUUCUGCUGACUAGACCAAAGUGGUUUUCAAUGUGUCGUCCUUACUAAAAAUUAUGAUUAUUAUGAUAAUGAUAGAUUUUUACCACCCUAAUAGACCUUUUUAGCUUUUAGCAAGAGAGGAUAAAGGGGACAGAGAAGGCAUCCCCCAUACACACCCUAUUCCAUAGGUAAUUCGUCCCGAGAUAUUUUUAGAAUCCGAAUAAAGUUACCUCGCGCGCUGCGUGGAUGUUUCGUGGAGGUUUCGCAUGACUAAACGCCGUGCAAAACAUGUCGGGCCAAAGGUAAUGAAAGCGUAAAGAGAUCGAGAGCAUUCCUGAAUAUUGAAGCGAAAUGACUCGGCGCUCACCUGGGAAAAGGAAAUCGCUGGACUCUUUGACAACCCACGAAAUCAGUUUAACUGGAAGUUGUCGUAACCUCAGUGCCUUAAUAAAAUGAGAAAUUUCGCCGGUCUUUUGAAACCGGUCGUUUGUACAAUAAAGCAAGUAGGACGCCAAGUGUUAUUUUUGUUGAAUAAUAAAAGACUAAUAAAAGAAUGAAUAUCAAACCAGAAAUUACUCUCUUCAAACUGUAAAUUGUAAAUGAUCGUGAGAGAAUAUUCAGUGUGUUAAGGAUUUCCCUGCUGUACUGUUAGCUCUAUACAAGAGAGGAAGGCUGAUUCUUUUAUAUUUUCGUUUCCCUGACACAGCGUUAGCAGAAAUCUCUCUUUAGUCGUUCUCGUCAACAAGACGAAUAGCAAUAUCGCUCUCCGCAUCUUCCGCUAUUUUGUCCUGCGUUAAUUCGUGAUGGGCGCUUGGCUCUGAGCGUGGGUCAUCCACGCGGAACACAUUCGCGCGAUGUGACGGCUGUUGUCAAAUCCCCCUUGAGAUUUGGUGUUGUUGGUGUUGUGGUGUUAAAAAUAACUCGAGACGAAUUACCUAUGGAAUAGGGUGCCGGUAUGGGGGAUGCCUUCUCUGUCUCCUUUAUCCUCUUUUGGCUUUUAGGUCAUUAUUUUCCUAGUUAAGACCACGUGAUGUUCUCAGGAGAAGUUGCCCUUUUCAUUCGUUACGCACACAUAAUUAUGCUCGUGUGGAGCGCGUCAUUUAAAAGAAUCAAUUUUCUUGGGUAACGUCACAUGGUCUGCGAUGAACAGACAAGCUUAAAAGGUCCAUUAAAGGGUAUCGUCCCUUGAAAAAUGCUAUGACUAAUUAGUUUGCACUCAAGGAUUUGGAACUUGACAACGUAUCCCAAUCUAGGGGCAACUCUGAGCAUUACAAAUUUCAUCGCUUUCAUAAAAGUUUCAGUAACUUUCUAUCUUAAGUAUAAUUUCAGGAAGGUGGCAUCAUUUUCAAUACUGAAACUUGUUAUUGCUUUCAAACAGCAAUGGAUCUUGGCAUGGAUGGAUUAAAUGACCUUGGUGGAGGCAACAGCUUGUCUGAUAGCUCCCUGCAGCAGCUCAUAGGGCAAAUAAUGAACACUGGUGGAGGAGGAGGGGUUGGGGCUGGUGGAGGGAGAAUGGGAGGUGGAGGGGCACGUAUAAACGACAAUAGCGACAACAUGGAAGGGGACAUGGGAAAUCUUGACCUUGGAUCACUCGGGAUUAAUCUUGGGGGAAUGGGAAAUAAGCAGGGAAAUGGAAUGGGAAACGCAAUGGAUAAUGAGAUGCAAGACCUCGGAGGGAUGGAAAAUAACAUGGGAAACGAGAUAGGUGGUAUGGGAAACGCAAUGGCAGGAAUGAGUAAUGGAAUGACAGGAAUGAGCAAUGGUAUGGGAGGAAUGGGUAAUGGAAUGGGAGGAAUGAGUAAUGGAAUGGGAGGAGUGGGUAAUGGAAUGGGAAUAGGAGGUGCCGGAAUAGCCAUGGGGAUGGGAGGUAUGGGACAUGGCAUGCACAUGGGGGGUAUGCAUAUCGGUGGGCAUGCUGCAGGGACUAUGGGAGGCCAGGAUAUGACUAACACAGAGGUGAGUGAAAUAAAGCAAACACUCAGCGAGACUACAAACGUCUAUUUUACGAUAAAAGAGCCCUGCUAACUUUAAAACUGUGAUGGAAUCGUCAAUUGGUCAAAUAUGCUGAUACACAGAGCAAGGGGAAGGGGGGGGGGGAGGUGGUUGUAUCUACAGAAAUUUAUAUUCUAAAAAAAAUGUUUCAGCAAUAAGUGACAGAAGACAUUUCUGAUGUCGUUAUAAAUGGUCUGUAACGAAAGUACCAUAUUAUAGUUUUAUAAAGGCGCAUUUUAAAGGUGACUCUAAAAAAUCGUUUCAGCGCUGCUUUAAGACAUGGCCUGAACAAUCUUUCCUUUUCCUAAAAUAGCCGAUGGGUUACAAGGAAAAACACCCGCAAAUAAUUCAUCUUUACUUUGUGUCUGUCAUGUGUUUAAAUACCUAAUAAUCUAACGUGUUACUAUCCCAAUAAAGGCUAGUGACAACUAUGAAUGAGGCAUCCAGUUUUUUGGUUUUCUGUCCUUUGUAUUUGGAUAUAUGUCACGUGAACAUUGCUGUCUUAGGUCAGUUCUGUGCCUAGGCAGUACUUAGUGCCUUUACCCAUUCCUAAAAUACUCCUGGAGAAGAUAUGAAACAAAUUUCACCAGGAAGCACUAACCUCAAUCAUUUUUUGUUGUUUUUUUGCAAGGAUAGCAUUAAAACGUUAAUACGUUCGCCAAUUUAACCCUUGUCCAUCCUUACCAUACUUAGAAACAGCAGACAGGAAACAGUUUCAAUGCCUAAAUUUAGUCUUAGAUAAAAAAAAAGGGACCGUUAUUUUUGGAAGUCACUUCAGGAAUGCCAAGACAUUUUUUAAAAGAUAGCAAGUAGCCUAACAUGACCCCUUUAAGAUACCAAUCGAGUGACACAAAAAGUUUGAAGUUCACAUUUAGAUACAUUUUUUACAGUUCCUAAGCAGUGAUUUGUGUGUUUUAUUGUUUAUUAAUCAGGCAGACGAUGCACAGCCGUCUGACUCCCCUGAUGAGCAGCCUAUGACAGGUUUCGGCAUGCAACGUCCACUGGCCAUUGCGCCUAUCGUACCUGGACAAACUGUGCAUGCGCACGCUAGUGACAAGCCAAAACGACCAACUUAUCCGACAUCCGACGUCUCACCAGCAGAUAUGGCAUUGAAGGUUCAACUUAAAGCACAUAGAGAACAUCAGAUAAAACUAAAGGUGAGAUAUAAUGGAACGGCAUUUAAUUUUUUUACGGGUAGCCAACGCGACCGUUGUAAAGUCUGUCGAGUGUCGGCUAUUUCCUGGGCCGAGUUGUUCAAAGCCGGGUUAAGAUUCAGGGCGUAAAAACGUAAUGAGCAUGCGUGAACUUUUUUGCCCAGAUCCCCUGGCCGGGUUUGAAAAAAUGGCGGGAUUUCAAAUAUUUUUUUGCCUAAAAAUAAAAUGUUUCCACUCAUAACCUGGAAAGAACAAGCAAUUUGUCUUCAAACGUUGCAAGCUAUGAUUACUUAAUUUUCUCGAAGAAUACCUCAUAGUAAAACGGACUUAAACGACAUUAAUUUCGUUGCGUUGUACUGGAAAUGUGCAUGCGGAGGUCCGAUUUUUUUCAAGAUGCAUUCACAAAAUGUGUUUAUAUAAGGAAGUUCCUGGAUAUAUAAGGUCCGGAGCUCCACUGUGGACACAGAAACAACAUAUCUUUGUACAGUGAUUUGCCCAAAAAAAUUAACGCUUGCCCACAAUGUGUUUGAAGUCACCUAACUUUGUCGCACUCGAGCUGAUAUUUAAAACCCACGCUCGAUCGCACACUCGUAGCUUCGCAGAUCACUAAAAUAUAAACAAAAUCCUCAAUAUAGAUUAGUUAUUGCGUUGAUAUGUGGGCAGAAAUAGGUCAAUCUUUAUCUAGUAAAAUCUUCCCAAAAAUCGGUUUCAAAGCAACUAUAGUUUUUUAAACUUGAUCGUUUCACGCAGAUAAAUUUUGCUUUGUCGUGUUGUCAAGUUGAACAUGCAUCACACCUGUCAAAAACCUAGCUACGCGUAGGUAAGAUUUCUUUCAAACAAAGUUAAAGUUACAUUGUUGCAAAAACUUUAAGAUCGCAAAGACAUGAGACAAGAAAAGAACAAUUCCAUCAUGCACAAAAUUCAGCUUAAGUGAACUUUAAAAAAGCUUCAAUCGUGUUCAAUAAGGUUGCAAAACAACAAUUAUCAUUAAAAAAACAGAAGGCUAGAGGCUCUUGGCUGACAAUGACAAUGAAGAAAUGAAUUUUCUGUACGAAAACAACCUACCUAAAGAUCUUAAAAGCAAAAGAUCAAUUUAAAAGCUUCCGGCCAAGCUAUGAUUCACCAUUUAGCCAUGUUUAAUAACUUGUCCAUGCGAGGGACUUCAUUCAAGCAAAUUAAACUCACUAAAUCAUUAGAAAGUACAGAAAACUGCACAUAAGGGUUUGUUUUGCAAACUACUGUUUUGAAGUCAUUGCAGGCAGUUGUCGUUCUCUACUUCACAGCGGGUGAAAAGGAAAAUUUGCGUACAGAAAGAAAACAAAACUAUUAAAUAAAAAAUGAAAAGAAAAAAUUAAACCUCUGACUAUUAUUACUUGAACAACAGAAAAAGGAUCGAAUGAAGGUAAAUUAAAAAAUCUGGGCAAAAAAGUAACCGUAACUACUAAUAAGAGAAUACAAGCGGGUUUUAAUUCAGCCCGGCGAUAGAAGGCGAAGCACUGGACACAAAAUCAACUCACAAAUCGAAUGCACAAUUAACAGAAAAAUACUCUCCUCUUUGAAAAUGUUCAAAAUGUUUAUUCCACCUCAGACUGACGGAAUGAUCCGUUCUUUCUUUAACAUUGGUUGUUCUGAAUCCAAAGUAAUUUUCAAGGACGAAAAACAACAACAACAACAACAACAACAAAAAAGAAUAAAAACGCUUUACAGACCUCUACAAGGAGCAAACGUUCGCACCUCGUGCAUUUGACAAACAAAGGACAGUCGACACGGCCAGUCAACACACAGAAAAGCCCGCCGUGAGCCUGCGAUAAGGGAUGCGCAGAAUCUUGCGCAGAACGUUUUUCCUCCCUGAAGGGUUAAAAAACACCCGCAAAUAAUUCAUCUUUACUUUGUGUCUGUCAUGUGUUUAAAUACCUAAUAAUCUAACGUGUUACUAUCCCAAUAAAGGCUAGUGACAACUAUGAAUGAGGCAUCCAGUUUUUUGGUUUUCUAUCCUGUGUAUUUGGAUAUAUGUCACGUGAAUAUUGCUGUCUUGGGUCAAUUCUGUGCCUAGGCAGUACUUAGUGCCUUUACCCAUUCCUAAAAUACUCCUGGAGAAGAUAUGAAACAAAAUUUCAUCAGGAAGCACUAACCUCAAUCAUUUUUUGUUGUUUUUUUGCAAGGAUAGCAUUAAAACGUUAAUACGUUCGCCAAUUUAACCCUUGUCCAUCCUUACCAUACUUAGAAACAGCAGACAGGAAACAGUUUCAAUGCCUAAAUUUAGUCUUAGAUAAAAAAAAAGGGACCGUUAUUUUUGGAAGUCACUUCAGGAAUGCCAAGACAUUUUUUAAAAGAUAGCAAGUAGCCUAACAUGACCCCUUUAAGAUACCAAUCGAGUGACACAAAAAGUUUGAAGUUCACAUUUAGAUACAUUUUUUACAGUUCCUAAGCAGUGAUUUGUGUGUUUUAUUGUUUAUUAAUCAGGCAGACGAUGCACAGCCGUCUGACUCCCCUGAUGAGCAGCCUAUGACAGGUUUCGGCAUGCAACGUCCACUGGCCAUUGCGCCUAUCGUACCUGGACAAACUGUGCAUGCGCACGCUAGUGACAAGCCAAAACGACCAACUUAUCCGACAUCCGACGUCUCACCAGCAGAUAUGGCAUUGAAGGUUCAACUUAAAGCACAUAGAGAACAUCAGAUAAAACUAAAGGUGAGAUAUAAUGGAACGGCAUUUAAUUUUUUUACGGGUAGCCAACGCGACCGUUGUAAAGUCUGUCGAGUGUCGGCUAUUUCCUGGGCCGAGUUGUUCAAAGCCGGGUUAAGAUUCAGGGCGUAAAAACGUAAUGAGCAUGCGUGAACUUUUUUGCCCAGAUCCCCUGGCCGGGUUUGAAAAAAUGGCGGGAUUUCAAAUAUUUUUUUGCCUAAAAAUAAAAUGUUUCCACUCAUAACCUGGAAAGAACAAGCAAUUUGUCUUCAAACGUUGCAAGCUAUGAUUACUUAAUUUUCUCGAAGAAUACCUCAUAGUAAAACGGACUUAAACGACAUUAAUUUCGUUGCGUUGUACUGGAAAUGUGCAUGCGGAGGUCCGAUUUUUUUCAAGAUGCAUUCACAAAAUGUGUUUAUAUAAGGAAGUUCCUGGAUAUAUAAGGUCCGGAGCUCCACUGUGGACACAGAAACAACAUAUCUUUGUACAGUGAUUUGCCCAAAAAAAUUAACGCUUGCCCACAAUGUGUUUGAAGUCACCUAACUUUGUCGCACUCGAGCUGAUAUUUAAAACCCACGCUCGAUCGCACACUCGUAGCUUCGCAGAUCACUAAAAUAUAAACAAAAUCCUCAAUAUAGAUUAGUUAUUGCGUUGAUAUGUGGGCAGAAAUAGGUCAAUCUUUAUCUAGUAAAAUCUUCCCAAAAAUCGGUUUCAAAGCAACUAUAGUUUUUUAAACUUGAUCGUUUCACGCAGAUAAAUUUUGCUUUGUCGUGUUGUCAAGUUGAACAUGCAUCACACCUGUCAAAAACCUAGCUACGCGUAGGUAAGAUUUCUUUCAAACAAAGUUAAAGUUACAUUGUUGCAAAAACUUUAAGAUCGCAAAGACAUGAGACAAGAAAAGAACAAUUCCAUCAUGCACAAAAUUCAGCUUAAGUGAACUUUAAAAAAGCUUCAAUCGUGUUCAAUAAGGUUGCAAAACAACAAUUAUCAUUAAAAAAACAGAAGGCUAGAGGCUCUUGGCUGACAAUGACAAUGAAGAAAUGAAUUUUCUGUACGAAAACAACCUACCUAAAGAUCUUAAAAGCAAAAGAUCAAUUUAAAAGCUUCCGGCCAAGCUAUGAUUCACCAUUUAGCCAUGUUUAAUAACUUGUCCAUGCGAGGGACUUCAUUCAAGCAAAUUAAACUCACUAAAUCAUUAGAAAGUACAGAAAACUGCACAUAAGGGUUUGUUUUGCAAACUACUGUUUUGAAGUCAUUGCAGGCAGUUGUCGUUCUCUACUUCACAGCGGGUGAAAAGGAAAAUUUGCGUACAGAAAGAAAACAAAACUAUUAAAUAAAAAAUGAAAAGAAAAAAUUAAACCUCUGACUAUUAUUACUUGAACAACAGAAAAAGGAUCGAAUGAAGGUAAAUUAAAAAAUCUGGGCAAAAAAGUAACCGUAACUACUAAUAAGAGAAUACAAGCGGGUUUUAAUUCAGCCCGGCGAUAGAAGGCGAAGCACUGGACACAAAAUCAACUCACAAAUCGAAUGCACAAUUAACAGAAAAAUACUCUCCUCUUUGAAAAUGUUCAAAAUGUUUAUUCCACCUCAGACUGACGGAAUGAUCCGUUCUUUCUUUAACAUUGGUUGUUCUGAAUCCAAAGUAAUUUUCAAGGACGAAAAACAACAACAACAACAACAACAACAAAAAAGAAUAAAAACGCUUUACAGACCUCUACAAGGAGCAAACGUUCGCACCUCGUGCAUUUGACAAACAAAGGACAGUCGACACGGCCAGUCAACACACAGAAAAGCCCGCCUUGAGCCUGCGAUAAGGGAUGAGCAGAAUCUUGCGCAGAACGUUUUUCCUCCCUGAAGGGUUAAGAUAAAACAGGGUUAGUGCGAGGUUUAAAUUCAGAUUUGAAAGCUUAAAAAGCAUUUUAGCUUUAAUUCUUUUUGUCUACAAGUUGAUGAUUGGAAGUUCUAAAAAUAACAGAGAAAAUUAUCCGAGAAAAUGCUUUUGAACAUAAAAAAAGAAACCAGGUUAAUUUAACUCCGGGUUUAUCACUAAUCGGCCUUUGAACAACUGGGCUGGAUUACAAUGUUAAGGUUUUAACUUUUAAAUUCAAGAGUUUUAAAUUUGUUGAAAAAGGGUUACCUAUUUGUAUAGUUCUAUUUAAACAGGACUUUCAUUUUGAAAGCUGUUUAAUUUUAAAGUGUGACUUCACUCGAACUGCUGCUUUGUGUUAAGCCUGAGAGUUACCUGCUAGCAGAAAGGUCUCUCAUCACGGCACGAGAAAAUGACAGACAGAGAGAGAUCUCUGCAGGCCCCCCAAUGUGUUAUCUAUCACGCGUGUACAUACAUGUACUGGCGUUUCUUUAACAACCAGCAACAUUUUAGUCACAUGCGAGACAACUUACAGAACCGGCUUGCGCGAUAACAACUGUGGGAUCAGAAAUUUUCAGGUUUAGUCUCAACAGGGCACCAGCAACUGUCUACCACAAAUGUGGUCGGUGACUACAUGAAAGAAACACGUCGAAAGCCGGCCGAGGUCUCUCACUUUCCUCUCCUUCUUCUCUGGCCGUGAGAGACCUCUGCUAGCGAGGAAGCCUGAGAGCAAGUUCUCUUUUGUUUUGGAGAGGGGAAUGGGUCAGAAAAUUUGCAUACAAUGCUGGCAUUUAACCUGAGAAAAAAACAUCCUAUUUCUCCAAAGGAAUUGAAAAUGAAACUUAGAAGGCUUCGAGAAAAAUUGCGGAGAUUAAAAACUGAAUACAAAUAUAGUGAUGAUGAGGAAGAAACGGAAAAAUCAGAAAUGGAGACACUAAAAGACCUGAAGAAAGCCACCGAGCAGGCGAUCAGGGAACUUCAAGUGGAGGCCGCUAAAGCUGACAAAAGAAAAGGUUGGUUCAUUUGAAAAAAAAAAAAAAAACAAAACAAAACGAAACAAAAAGACAAAUGAUUUGUUAUCACGCGUUCUUAAUGUUUUGAUUUUUUAAAGACUUCAUCUUUAGACUGAAUUGGUGGCCGAAGUUUUAACUGGUUUUUAGACAAGGAGAGAACAUUUGUGUGAUAAGAUAAACGAUUUGCUUGAUUUUUAGCUUGCUACUGUUUUAUCAUUACAAUAGGGUUACAUAAUUGGUUUACAUUGUAUUCCUUUUUUUGUAAGUCGUGAGAAACUAUCGGAGACUGCGCGAUAAAAUACCUUUCCUUAGUUAUACGGUUAGAGAUUAUAAUGCAGCAUGCAGAAGCCACCAACAACAAUAAUGAUAAUGACAAUAAAGAUAAUAAUAAUAAUAAAUAACCCAAAUCUUUUAUUGAUAACAAAGCUAACUAUAAAAAAAAUCCUAUUUACAAUUAAUUUCACUAUUCCGUCAAAGCACUAUUUACAUUAUUUCUUUCCUUAAUAAUAAUAAUAAUAAUAAUAAUAAUAAUAAUAAUAAUAAUAAUAAUAACAACAACAAUAAAACUUCAAGUGUCAUUAUCACGAAGGAAAAUCGUUUCCACUAUUAUUUAUUGACACUACCUUAUCACUCACAAAAUAAUAUUGUCCAAUUAAUUAAAGAAGAUAAAAAGAGAUGGUACAAAGAUAAACACUACCUAAUUCUAAUUUAUUUUUAAAAGACCAAUAAAAUGUUAAAGUUUAAAAUAAAUUUUUAUUUUAUCCCUUUUAACGGCAGGUGUCAAGAAACUGAUAUUCAUUCAUAAUGUUCCUGAAUCAGGAAAGACAAGUGGGCUGGAGGACCUGGGUACGGACUUGCUGGCCCUUAUUGAGUCAAACAAACCAACCUCCGGACCCGCCGCUAAUGGCCCUACUCGUUCCAGGCCUCUUGCUCUUAAACCGGCUGCUCCAACAACUCAGAAAGCUCAAAAGAAGGAGCCCAUUCAGGACGAUACAAAUUCACUCACAGAACUUGAAAAACAGGCUGAACAGGAAGUGAAUUUUAUGACAAACAUUAAAGACAAAGGUAUUGUGUAACACUCUAAGCUCCAUGUGAAAGGUUUUAAGCUCAUUUCACAAACUCUACUUCUUACAAGGGAGAGAAUGCCAUUUAAGUUCGAAAGGAAAUAUAUUUUUUUAAAACAUUCACUGAAGUUGAAAAGAGGUUAGUUUACUUCUUCCCCGCUUGUUAUUUUUGCUCUCGCAUGGUUACCUAAUAGACCUUGUCACGGUUUUCGACGCCAUCUUGACGAGUAGGCAAACGCGUGAGAAAUUACUGACAGUAUUUGUAUGAGAAUCUAAUGUAGAAUAAUUUCCGUAGAACGGCUGUUCUGAAAAAAAUAUGAAUUGUAAACUAAAGCUUAAUUCCUAAGGAUUCUACUGAAAAAACUGAGGGCGUUACAUGCGCAGAACCACUUUUUAAAAUUUUCUAUACAUUUAUCUGUAAGAAAGUCCCGGGAAAAAUUACAGACAAAUAUAUGCAAAAUCUAAAGCAAGCCUCUGAAGAAAUUUAAGCACAGGUACGCCCCCAAAAUUUUUAGCACAAUCCUUUGUUUUGUAGCUUUAGUUUACAAGUCAAACUUUUUUUCAGAACAGCCAUUUUACUGAAGUUAUUCUACAUUAGAUUCUCACUGACAAACACUGUAAUUUCUCACGCGUUUGCCUACUUAAUUGUCAAGAUGGCGUCGAAAACCAUGACAAGGUCUAUUAGGCCAUGACCUCAACCAGUUCAGUUUCUCUUUCUCGUGAAUUUUUUGUAGACGUUUAGAAACACAAGCGUCGAUAUGAGGGAUAAAAAGUCUCUUCUGGUGUUCUGAUCGGCUGGGUUUACCAUAUGCUCUAUUUUACAGCUGUUUUUGUAAUACUGAUUAUCAUCUGUACUCUAAUCAUAGUCAUAACCAUACCUAUCACGAUGCUACUUGUUUCAGAGAAUCACCGCUAUACACAAUUUUGAAGGGCAUGUACAUGUAUGCCCGUACUAACACCUGAUUUUUCCAUUUCUAUCGCCAUUGCAUUUUUCUCUACUAAUGGCACUGCCGUAACCGAAACCAUUAUCAUAAUCACACCAUGACAACUUAAGCCAAUACCUUUCCCAUGAUAUGCACAUUGCCAUUUCUUUGUAUGUAUUAUCAGCGAACUGUUUCUAUUGUGAUUGCCAUUAUCUUUACAAUCACCAGUGACACUAAUUCAAACGUAUUGGCGUUAGAAUUAGCAUUAGUUGGAAUAAUGCAUAUGCAAUGCCAAUACCAUGGCUAAUAUACACUUAAUGUCCGAUCCCGAGGGAAACAGUUAGUUUUGUCUUCCCGAGAGUCCUGAUGUUUCCCGAAACGAAGUCGAGGGAAACACCAGGACUCGAGGGAAAACAAAACUAACUGGUUUCCCAAGGGACCUGACAUUAAGUGUUUUGUUAUAUUUCUAGACUUGACUUCAACAGCAACAAACGAAUAACCGAAGCGAACCAAAACAGUCGACUCGGUGCUUAUAACAACACAAAUUUAAUUCUUAAAACCACUGAAUGAAUCAUUUACAAAGUACUUUCUUAUAUUAUCUGUAUCUUUUUCCUCCACUAGCUGCUGUUUCUCUUCUGGAUGACUUUAAAAAUUGUUGCUUUUUAGCUUGAGGCUUCGUGUUUGUGUUCAAGUUGUUGUGUUCAUUCACGAAAAAGAAACCUGGCAAUGUUUUUUCCCGCCUUCAGUCACACCACUUUCCACCAUGCUUUGAUCACGUGCUGUAAUGUAGCCCGAGCGGGGUACAUUAUACACUAAAUGUCAGAUCCCUAGGGAAACAGUUAGUUUUCUUUUCCCAAAAGUCUGAUGUUUCCCGAGACGAAGUCGAGGGAAACAUCAGGACUCGAGGGAAAACAAAACUAACUGGUUUCCCGAGGGACCUGACAUUAACUGUUUUGUUAUAUUUCUAGACUUUCACUUCAACGUACUUCAGCAGCAACAAAAGAAUACGCUUAAGAGGAGCGAAUCAAAACAGUACGACUCGGUACUUAUAAGAACACAAAUUUAAUUCUCAAAACCACUGAAUGAAUGAUUUAAAAAGUACUUUCCUUAUAUUAUCUGCAGCUUUUUCCUCCACUAGCUGCUGCUUCUCUUCUCGGAUAACUCUGAAAAUCGUUGCUUUUAGCUUGAGGCUUCAUGUUUGUGUUCGGUUGUGAAUGUUGGUGUGUUCAUUCACGAAAAAGAAAACUGGCAGUGUCUUUCCCGCCUUCUGUCACACCACUUUCCACCAUGCUCUGAUCACGGGCUAUAAUGUAUCCCGAGCGGGGUACAUUGCUUGAUGUAUCACGAUCGGGAUACAUUUGAUUUUAGUCAAGGCCACGUGACCAAGAAUCAGCCAGUGGCUGUCCCUGUUUAGUUGAGUGAAAGUCUAUGAAUAUAAUAAUCCUUAAUGUCUCACGAUCGGGAUACAUUUGAUUUUAGUCAACGCCACUUGACCAAGGAUCAAAAUGAUGGCAGUCCCUAUUUAGUUGACUGAAAGUCUAGGAAUAUAACAAUACCAUUUACUUAGCAUUCGCAUUCCCAUCGACAUUACCGCUGGUAUUAUUAUUGUCACCGUCAGUAACAGCAAUUCAUAAGCAUUCUAACCACUAACAUUGUGGUUCCCGUUACUCUCACCAUUGCUAUUAGCAUCACUAUUAAUUUUAGCAGAAACAUUACCAAUACCAUCCCCAUUAUCAUCAACUUCGCUUUUUUUCUUGCUGGAAGCCUCACCAAAUACACUGAAACCAGGAUUAGAUAUAGAAAUUCCAGGUAAAUACAUAAAGCCCUUGGUCAUUAUAAUAUUAGCUGUACAGACCUUAAUACUAUUGUUAUGACCAAGGAGUCCGAAAAGGUGCGAUUUUUUUAAAUUUCACAGCUAAACAGAAUAGGCUGAAUCCAGGACUAAAAAUUAAGAUUCCAGGUAAGUAGUAGCAUUAGGGUAUCCUUGAUCUUGCCUGUAUCUUCUGUCGCGGAAUCCUUAUCAAUUAAUGAAGUUUGACGUUCCGCACGUGAGAAGGAUUUGGAAAACACGUGAAAAAAAUAAAGAAAUAAAUCCUCGGGACAGGGGAAAUGAGCUCCCUGUAAGCUCCCGGGACGACGGCCUAAUAAUCACUAGAUAAGGAUCCCGCGAAGGAAUCAAAAGCUUAUGCUUCACGAGGAGGUGACCAGUUCUUGUUCAAUGCAGUUUAUAGGUUGUGUCACAGGGAGUGCGACAAACAAGAGAAAAUAACCUUGUAGUGUAUUCAGGUUUACAGACCUACUAUGGGUCCCGAUGUUCUGAUUAUCUCUAAAUGCAACCUUUACAAAAUUUCGUUCUUUCUCAAUCAACUGUCACUUAAUUUGCAGAACCGGCAGAAGUAUCUCCAAAUCAAAGUACAAGUAAGUAAAACGUUUUUAGACAUAAUGUUAAAUCAGUUAAGCAACCUGGUAUUAACUUAUUUUCAAAGAAAGGUUAAAACUAAGAAAAAGCUACAGUUGUAUAAAGGCAGGGUUCUCGCCACAAAACAAAUCAAGUUAGUUUAUCAACUUAACUGAAUUUCAAUAAAUUUUUUAACAAAAUAAAACAUCAUGAAUCUUUUGAUGCAAAAAAUUACGCUGACAAAAAUGCUUGCUGUUCCGAAAAAGUUUCCCCGCCGAAAUUUUGCUAAAUGAGCAACAAAACUGAAACGGAAAAGACUGUCACGGUUUAUUCAUUAAAAGAAAUAUUUCACAGCCCCCCUUUAUUGACUCUACUUAGCCUUUUCUCUUCCCCUAAUCGAACAUAUUCGCCGGAAGAAAUACGUGGCCAUGGUACAUGUUGCGUUUUCUUUAGAUUAAAAAUAACAAGAAUAGUUAGUUCAGGAUCUUUGUAAUAGUAAAUCGUGUUGGCAGGGAGAAGGAAAAGUGUGCUAUAGAGCAACAUGAUAUAUACUACUUUCCAUACGGGUGGAAAAGAAUUCAUCAAGACUGACUGACUGCUAAUCUUAUUACUGAAGGUUCCAAAGCAGACAUCCGCAUGCAUGUGUUUGGGGCACAAAUUGCCCCACGAAGGAAUGGAUAUCGCAUGAGUCCAAGUAGGCAUCAGAAAAUUAUCUAAUCCAGAAAACCUAAUGAUAAAAAGGGAUUUGAGAAAGCUUAUAAGAUCGACGCUCUUUUUUGCCGAAUAGUUUUUUUUUUAUAUUUAAGCUGGACCAAGCAAGAGCUAAUUAAAAUAACGUGACAUUUUCAUAUCUUUCGACUUAAACGUUCGUCGUGAGGAGAAUUGACAACAAAAAGGAAAAGGAAUAAUAUCCCAUGAAAAAGUUAUAAUUGUUGUGUGCUCAUUUUCUAAAAAUGUAGCUGGAAUUAUUCCGUGCUGGAAAGAGACAACUUUCCCUUUUGUUAAGUAUAACAGAGUCAGUAAGGACCAAAAUUACAGCCACUUGCUGUUGCCGUCUGCCAUCAGUCUGGAUUUCUGUCAUCGGAAAGUGCGAACACACUCACAAAACCAUUUUAUUAUAACAUUAUAUCGAAACACGCAAUCCCUAACACGUGCAACAACGGUAUAUAAACAAACCAAUUUUCACUGAAAUACUUUUGAGAACGUGAAAACCAACUUCUUCACGUUCAGAAAACAGCAACGACAAACGGCAAAAGUGAAAAAUGGCGGGAAAAUAUAUCGCUUGGUUUUCUGUGCCUGUUGAUCAGUUGUUAACGUAAUUAGCUCAAUCUAAUCAGCCCGCGUCCACUACCUCUAAAUCUCCACAUGUUAAAGAUGUGUUUUAAUUUACUUGCAGCUCCACACUUGAGUGUACCUUUAAGACCAAAAGUAAUAAAAACACCAGGAGGCCAGCGCCUACUUAAUCCACUUCAGCUGAACAACUUGGCACAAAUAUUACCAGGUAUACCUAACUUAUAUCGCGCGUUACAACAAAGGUAAUUAGAGCACUUAAGUGUCUUAAGGUUUGCUUCCAACUUUAUUUUUGUUACCUCAGUUGCUAAAUCCUGGUUUGACAGCAAAUUUCUUCAAUUUGAAGUUGUCGUAGCAGACUUUUUUCGUUAACGAAAGUUUUGACCAUCAAGAGCAAAAUAUUGUACUUCAAAACUUGCGGCAUCGCCUUUUUACGCCAAUUUCAAAGGCGCAUGAUUGAUUAGUUAAAAUUUAUCAGAUUUAACCAAUUAGCAGUAGGGCUGAUAAUACAUAAUCGGGGCCCAAAAAGUGUUGAAUUUAAGAGUGUUCUUCUCUUAAUCGAUGCAAUGAUGUAAAGGGAAACGGGAAUUUCCCAUUUCCGGUGCUCGUUCGCUGUUGCCGAUUUCCCUUUCAUAAACGGUCGUUGCCAUUUUUAACGGUCGAUGGAACAAAGCCUUUAUAGGCAUGAACUCAUAAUAGAUGUAAUAUAUCCCCUGGAUUAAUUAGCAAUUAAUGAAUAAGGCUGAGUAGGAUAUGAAGAAUUAAGCAGAUCGAGGAGGGUGUUAUCUACGGAGGCCGAAGGCCGUGGUGGAUAACACCCUCCUCGAUCUGCUUAAUUCUUCAUAUCCUACGAAAGCCGAAUUCAUUAGUUGCUUUAUUAUUCAUUCAAAAUAAUUCCUAGUUUAAAAACAUAGCUGAAACAUGCUUACCUGCAUCGAUGUUAAGUUCAUCUUCGAUACUGUACGUCUAGGUUUGUCCAGCUCCGUAAAUAUUUUCCAAAUAGCAGAUGUCGCCCUCCGAGUUGUCUUCUUGCUGUUUUUUCCAUGUUUUUAGUUAUUAUUUCGCCUUGUUCCAACUGUAGUUCGUACUCUUGAAACUAGUGAAAUGUCCGCCAUUUUUUUUCACAACUAAAACAACUCAACCUCGUCCCCAGGUCUCCUCGGUUAACGGUGCCUUAACCUGUAGAGGGCUGCAUUUUUGACGUCUUUUCCUUGUUAAACACAAAAUUCUUCCAAAUCUGGUCAUCAGUAAAUGGUUAUGGUGAAUUAUGCGUGUGCUUUUAGCCAAUCAAAAUUGGGGAAAUAUUUUGAAUGAAUAAUAACUUACAAUAAGGCACUGGAUAAUACAUUUUUGACUGGUACUAGUAAGAAAGAACGACGUUGAAGCCCAAGUUCAAUUUACGUUAAAAGUUUUGGAAAGGGCUAGUAAGGUCGCCUGCUACUGAUGUGUCAGUAAGAAAAAACGUUUGCUAGUUUAUAUUUACAUUUUUCCCAAAUUUAAGCGGCUCGGGAGGGAAGGGAGAGAAAUUAGGAUACGAAAGGUCCAGGUUCGAUCAUUGGUUGCGAUCUGUUUGUUAAAAAUGGCAGCGACCGUUUACGAAAGGGAAAUUUGCUUCGCAGUUCUCCGUUUCCCUGUGAAAACGUUUUGAUCAAAAGGUAAAAUAAAUAGAGAAGGAAAUAAAAAACAAAGGCUAAAAAACCUAACUAAAGGUUGAUCAAGAGCUUCGAAGUUUGUAUUACUGAGAAAUUACUGAUAUCACAUUUAUAAGCAAGUAAUUUCAAACUGAGAAAAUGCUUAAAAAAGUUCCAUUAAAGAAGUUGACCAAAGAUAUCGCAGUGAGGUCCAAUAAACCGAUGCAAAAAGAUGGCUAACCCGGCUAAAAAACUAAGGUCAACAAAUUAAAAUAAACAAUAGUUUUAAGAAUACUGUUUUUUUUUUUAGAUAAAUUCCAUACCCAGGGUGAUCUUCUUUUUGUCUUGGAAUUGAUAUAGGAAUUUUCUGUUAUAUUUCAGCGCCAGUGGAUAAUUCAAGAGAUAGGAAAUUUCAUCCCUCUCGACCACUCAGUAAGAGAAUACUUUCCCUUUAUACCUAUACUCGUUAAAACAUUCUUGUGGCACUUUGUUUUUGGGGUUUGAAAAAGUACAAAGAAACCCGACUCCACCAGCUCUACCCCCCCUCCAAAAAAGUACGCUGUAAUUAUACAGUUUUCUGAAAGUAAGGUGUUGGUCAUAAUACAGAGAGCGAAUCCGACCGCAAACUGCAGUAAUUAGCUAGGACACAAGGACGGCAUUUUAUUUUCGGUUUUAACUCCUGCAAAAAUUACAUAAUGCUAAAAAAAAUAUCUUUUAUAUCGAAGCACAAAGGAAGCUCCAACUUAUAAUGUUAUUGGAGAAACUUUUAAUCAAAAGCAUGUUCUAGAACGAAGUAGAUCUGGGACAGUUCAGAUUAAAGCUAUAGCCCUACAUGGUGAUUGUAGCUAUGAAGGGACCUAGAAUCGUAACAAAGGCUUCUUUAUCUCUGACAGAUGGAUCAAGAAGAAUUUUUCACCCUCCAGGUCAGUAUUGAGCAUAAUUUUCAACACUUUUAACUUGCUACAAGAUAUAGUAGUAUUUUGUGUUACAAAUGUCCGUGAAACAAUGGUAUAAUGGGCAUCACCAUGGUUGUAUUUUUUAUGAGCAUGGAAACUGGGUUAUAACACAUUAAACGAAAUCAGUUUAAGGGCUCUUUCUAUUGGUAAACGUUAAGGCGCACAUGGGCAGAAAGGUCCACUCCACGGAGCUGAACCCGAAUUCUUUAAGAUAAAACACCCAAGAAUAUUACCACACUCUCUUGAUUGGAUGCGAUGACAUGGCAGGGUAACCCUCAGCGGUGUCCGCUGUACUGCAGGUGAAGGGUCAAUAUGUCAAGCAAAGUUUCAAAUGUGGGGAAAUAACACAACGUUAGCACUUGAGUUCUGGGUGUGAACUGCUCGACCACCUUUAAUUUCUGUUAGUUUAGGGUCAAAUUUGACGAGCUACGUGAAACGUUAAAUUUAUCAUCAAACUAACAUCUUUUCUAAAUAUCAAAAGUAUAUAUGCUUUAAGUGUGGUCGUUGAGUUAAGUGUAUCGUUAUCUGAAAGCAGGAGGGAAAAGUGUGUCCGCCAUAUAUAUUUCUUUAAAGUGCAAUUUACUCGUAAGCUAAUCCAGAAAGAAGCUUCAACUGUAAUAAUCCCAAAAUGGGUGAACUUUGCAAAAAUUUUCAGAUAUACUCAGUAUUUUGUCGUAAAACAGUCGAACAGCCGAGUACUUAAAGCUUUUAGUCAAAAUAAAGCUGAGCAUCUUUUUUUCUUGCCAGGUUAUUUUAGUAUCGGUUGCUGGAGAGACCAGCCUGAGAGGGCUUUACCAAGCCUGGAGGGAAUAUUUCCAAUGUUGGAUGGAAACGAUUACAAAGCCCGAAAAUUUCCCAUAAAGAAAUGCGCCACAAUAGCCAGAGUUCAAGGAUUUCCAGCCUUCGCCUUAGAAAAUGGUGGCCAAUGUUUAGGUGGGAAGGAUAUUCUACAGACAUACAACAUGUAUGGGGCCUCUAGCGCGUGUGAGGCGGAUGGACGAGGAGGUCCCUGGAGUAUGGAGGUGUAUAAGUUCACAAGUAAGUUGUUUAUUAUGUGUGGACAAAAUAGCGCGAAUCCUGUGUUCUGAUUGGCCACCCGAGCGGACAGGAUGGCUGCACCUUUCCCGCUAGGAAUUUCCGGCAACCCCUUAAAGAAAAAGAAGGCUUUUUGGUUAUAUAAUAAUCUUUUAUUGGCCAAGCUUGUUCGGUCAAGAUGACUGGAUAUUCAGGCUCGUUUUUUUAGCAUUGUUAUGAACGGACGGAGACGGUCAACAUCUAGCAAUCUUGAUUGAACAAGCUUGGUCAAUAACUCAUAUUAUGGGUAUUGUGUUUGACGUGGCUCUAAAAUGCACUUUAUUUGAGUGUCAAUGUAUUUAGCACGAAAGUACUAAUUCGGGACACUCUUUUUACCUCUCCUACUGGAGACGGAACCGCCAUUUUUCGUGGUCAUCCGAGCCACGGAAGGACUAGCCGCUUGCAGUGCAAAGGGAGUACCUUCAUUUCUCAGUUAUUUUAAGACCCUGAGUAUGGGUCCGGCCCUGGGAAUCGAACCUCCUGAGGGAUUGACCUAAUUUCGAACCCGCGGUAGAAUCACAAAGAAACGAGUGAUAAGUUAACAACCGACCGGGGGUUACAUUGUGGUCUGGAGAAUCGUGCUCUUUUUAUCUUUAAAUUGGGAAGAGGGGCAAUCCCGACGAGUUACGUUUGAAACUAUUGCCUCUUUAAUUACUGCUUAUAGUCAAAUUUAUGGCAUAAAGGUUCAUUUUCAUUUUGGCAUCAACUCAGUGAAAAUAACUUUGUUUUUCAUAUUUGUUUCCAGAACAUACACCAUCCCGUCGAGGUGGAAUUCCUCGCUUGAAAAGCGUAAACUCUCCACUGGGUAAAAAAAAAAAAAACAGCUAUAGUCAGUAAAGAGAAAGAGUGAAGGCUUACAGAGUCGGUUCAUGGUAUGCUAUACGCAGAUGCAGACUGUACUGUCAUAACUCAUGAGAACGAAACACAACUCUAUCACUCGUUCCAGCUUCUUUGUUUUGUUCGUUAAUGUGGUUCAUCUGAGAAACAAGUUAAAUAUACUGAACAAGCUAUCCACCGGCAUUGGGGAUAUUGAUGAAUCUACUUAAAUUUAGAUGUAGUUGCAGUUUUUGCACUGAAAAAUAGUCGAAAAGUGUCAUUCAACGAUGGCAAUGAAUAGAACACUGUCAUAAGAUUUGCGGAAUGGAAAUUCACGGGUGUAUCGUUCACCCAGGUAUAUUUACCAUAGGCUCCCAAGACGUCGCCAAGAGCACAUAGUAAGCUACAGGAAGGCAAGUUAGAUACAUAAUGAGAAUAUUGCAUUUUGCUCUUCCGUUCGUGUAGUAUUGGGGAGCCAAUAUGUGGUGCCAAUGUUAUUUACCGGUAUGUGCAAUUCGCUUAUACGAAAACAGUGCAUAACCAACAUAAAAUCUUUGAUUAGGAUGACAUAGAAGCUUUGAUCCUGGGAAAACAACGAUCACAACAACAACAACAACAACAAAAGCAAUCUAGCAGUUUCAAAGUUUUUUCAAGGUAUGGGCUUGACCUUGUGUACCAUACAACAAAUUCCCCAUGCAAGGAACUCGAUAAAUCGAGACCGCAAGUAUGCACGUACGUACAACGGGACAGUUGGUCCUUUGUAAUGCUUGCAUCAUGCCUCAGUAAUGGUGUAUCUAUUCUGCGUGUACCUUAUUCUCACUUUGUAAGCUCAU